AUGACAAAGCUCAUGCCAAACGAACUCCAGUUGACGCCACUCCUCGCCCCGUUCAUACCGACUGGUGGCGAGCCUCACGUUCGAGAUCUCGCGCUCAGAAUCCGUGUAUUCACAGAAGCUUUCAACGCAUGGGAGUCACUGCAUCUCCAUCUUUCGCCAGCCUCGCUUGCCUUCAAGACUGACAUUACGAGGACGCUACGAGCUGCCGAUCUCACACCAAGGCAGCUUCGUGAAGCGAUCCGCAAUUACGACGCCUUCCGGGCUUACAUCAAUGGGUUCGCUCGUCGUCUAUUUCCGUACCUGGUAGACUGGUCGUCGGACCUGAUGACACUCCAUGCGAGCUUCUACCAGGGCGGAAGGGGCAUUGUCUUCACAGCUGGCGAUGCACAAGUACCAUUUCUGAUGACGUCCAUUCCGUCGCUGCGAAGCUUGGGAUGCGGACUCCCUAUCGAGGUGAUGUUCCUCGGCGACGCCGAUCUGAGCUCGCAAUCGCGCUCGAUCCUGGAAGCAUUGGACGGAGUGAUCACGAGAGAUAUGAGCCAUAUGAUUGACGACACGGAUUGGGCCUUGAGAGGAUGGGCCGCGAAGCCGUUCGCCAUACUCUUGUCGUCUUUCCGGGAGGCGAUCUUCAUCGACGCGGAUGCGCUCUCUUUUGUCAACCUCGAGAUCUUGUUCACUGAUGAGCAGUACCUCGGGACAGGUGCGCUCUUCUUCAAAGACCGCAAUACCAUGCCGGGUAGCAAGCGUUCCUGGUUGACCGAGAUCCUUCCACAACCUGUAUCUCAUCUCGUGGAAGAAAAUCGCAUGUGGACGGGCGAGAGCACGCAUAUGCAGGACUCCGGAGUUGUGGUUGUGGACAAGUGGAAGCACUUCCUUCCGCUGUUAUUGACGACCCGACUGAAUGGUCCAGACCGGGACGGCGACGAGGAGAAGGGGAAGAAAGGAGUCUAUCAGAUGGUAUUCGGCGAUAAAGAGACUUUCUGGCUUUCGUGGGAACUCACUGGGAAUCACGACUAUGCUUUCUACGAUGGCGAGGCAGGCACGAUGGGUAUUCUAAGUAAAACGCCAGAACUACCCCAGCAGUCGUCCGUUUCAACCAACGAGCAAGAGCCUCUGGCGAAAGGAUUGUCAACACUCAGCAAAGACCCCGCAUCAACUUUGGCGAUUGAGUCCUCCGUCGCAUCGAGGAGGCAGAAGCUAUUGAACCGCCGCAACACUCCUUGCAUCUGCUCCCAACAGCUGGUCCACUUCGAUCGGGCCGGGCAGCCACUCUGGUUCAACGGCUGGCUUGCUACGCAAAAGCUUGACGAUGAGACCGAGGUCGAGUUCCGCGACUUCGAGUAUUACGCACGAGAGAUGAAGGGUCGACGGCGGAGAGGUGAACGCGAUCCCUAUUCCGUCCAUCCGAGGAAUGUUGUCUGCAUGCAGACUACGCAGACGUUUGCUUUCACCGACGAAGAGCAGGCGACCCUGAAGAUGAUGCGGGAUUUCGCAAAGGUGGCGAUUGCGAAGCGGGAUGGUCUCGAAUGA